UUACUGUCAAACGACGGAAUAAAGAAAACAUAAGACAAACAGACACAAAACAAAAGAGUACUAAAUCAACAAAGUUCCAGAAAAAAGCCGUAUUCAUUUUCCGACAAAAUGACCGGUACAAUUUUGGAAAAUUUAAGCACCAAAAAGCUGACAAUAUUAGUCGUUUCGUUGCUAAUUUGUCAGUUUGUUUGUUUCUUAAUCGGCGGCUUGAUCGCUCCGAUACCUGCAAGCGUGCAGUCCAUUUUGGGCACAAUUUGUGAUGAUGUUCCCGGCUCGCAUAAUGACACUUCCAUUUGGUUAUAUUCGCGUGGUGCAGGACAAUGCAGUCAGACUGUUCGCGAAAGUAUCGAAAACAAACACGAUGACUACCGUUUGGCGAAUAAGAUGGUGUUUGUAUUCCAGAUGCCUCUACCACGAGAAGGAAAAUCACUGGACUAUUCACGCUGGCAACAAAACAUCAUCGGUAUCCUGCAGCCGGACAUUGCAUACCACGAAAAUUUAAUCGUCGACUCUCACGCCAAAUUGACAAUUGAUGCACGACUCGCCUAUCGUAACAAAGACGAUCCCGACAAUGGCUGGAAACUAUACGCUUCAUCGCUGGAACGCCGAGAUCUGGACUGUAAGACGGAUAAAGCGGUCGACGAAUAUUUGUAUCAAUGUUCGACCAUCCCGCUGUUCGAACUUGGCUCAUUGCAUCACGAUUACUAUUUGCUGAACAUUCGUUUGCCGGUCGAUUCGGAGUUGAAGAUGAAUUUGAAUGUUGGGAAUGUGCAGGACAUGCACCUGAUUACAAUCUAUCAGAACGGUGGCUUCACCAAGGUCUGGGUCUCGUUGAAAACGGUCUUCUUCCCGUUCAUCGUUGCCAUUAUGAUUUGGUUUUGGCAUCGUGUGCAUGUGUUGGAACGGAAACCGGUUCUGUUGGAGUACAUGCUGAUGUAUCUGGGAGGAACGUUGACUCUACUGAACAUGCCAGUGGAAUACUUGACGCUGGCCUUCGAUAUGCCAUUUAUGUUGCUGCUCAGCGAUUUGCGACAGGGAAUCUUCUAUGCAACAUUGCUAUCAUUUUGGUUGGUCUUCGCCGGUGAACAUAUGUUGAUCCAAGACAAUGGCGAAAGAAAUUCGCUAAAAAUUUACUGGAAACAUUUGAGUGCCGUUGUCGUCGGUUGCUUGUCGCUGUUCGUGUUCGACGUCUGUGAACGUGGUGUUCAGCUGCGCAAUCCAUUUUUCUCAAUUUGGGUGUCAAACUUUGGCAGCCAUUUUGCGCUAACAUUCAUCAUCCUCGGAGGCAUUUCGGCUGGCAUUUACUUCCUCUUCCUUUGCUACAUGAUUUGGAACGUCUUCUGCAACAUCAGCAUCAAACGAUCGUCGUUACCAACCAUGUCGACCGCCCGACGACUACACUACGAGGGAAUCAUUUACCGUUUUCAAUUUCUGAUGUUGGCCACUCUCCUUUGCGCUGCACUAACUGUCAUCGGUUUCAUAAUGGGACAAGUGUCGGAAGGUAAAUGGAAAUGGGACGACAAUGUUGAGGUCGAAUUCACGUCGGCUUUUCUGACCGGUGUCUAUGGCAUGUGGAACAUUUACAUUUUUGCACUGAUCAUUUUGUACGCACCAAGCCAUAAGAAAUGGGCUGCCGACAGUAACAGUGAGAAUAUUGUCAGCGAAGAGAUUGAAUUCAACAGCUUGCCAUCUGAUUCGAAUCCCAGCGAAAUAUCGUCGCUCACAUCGUUUGCGCGGAAGGUUGCGUUCGAUUAAGUUCGUUUUGUGGUGGAAGGUAAUUUUUUUUUGUUUUCUUCUUUCGUUUCAGAUUUUGAUUUUGCUAAAGACAUAUUUAUCCUUUGUUGACCCUCGUUGAACCGGACAGACUUAAGAAUUUUAGUUUUGUGUGUUUUAUGUUGUCGCCUUUUGCCGCGACCAGCGA